ACCUUAUCACCUUGAAGCCGCCACCCUCAACUAAUAUGAUUUUAUCUCUUAUCACUUUUAGUUGUCGGCAUCUAUUUCUUUUCUCAUCAAAUGUUUUUCGGCCAAUUUCCAACCCUAAACGACCCUGGCUAAAAUAAAUCCUACUCCUUAGCCAAGUUAAACAUGUAAGAUAUAAGCAGCAUUUCUGCAAUAUUUGACUCAGAGAAAUUUUAGGAAUGAGUGAUUCUUUGGAAGUUAAGUCAGAAUUAUAUGAUGAGGAUGAAUUUUGUAACAGGAGUAGUCCACAUCAUUCUAAUACAAUAUUCUUCCUUCAGUUUUUUCAAACACAUGAAAAUAUAGACUUCAGCAUAAAAAGUGAUGGUGAUGAAGAUGUAAUUGUACCAAGGAGGAAAUACCAAACAAUUGAUAUUGAAUGCAGUCCAUCAACAUCUUUGUCUCUUGUUGGAUUACAACUAUGGAGAGGGGCAUUUGUUCUAGCCGACUUCAUUUUGUCAAAUCAUGUUGAUUUCUCCAGUAAGACAGUUCUGGAAGUCGGUUCCGGUGUUGGAUUUACUAGCAUUGUAGCUUCAAUGUUUGCUAAAGAAGUUAUUUGCACAGACAUCGCAGAUGAAGGUUUAUUGGACAUGAUAAAGAGAAAUAUUAAAAGAAAUGAGAGUAUAAUAAAAGCAGAUGUUUCUGUUCUCCCUCUAGAUUUCUAUUCUGAUCAUUAUUCAGAAGAAUUAACCAAGAAAUUAGAAAAUGUAGAUAUAAUCUUAGCUGCUGAUGUUAUCUAUGAUAAUGAUCUAACAGAAGCUUUUGUUAAGACUUUAAUUAAACUUCUUAAUACACCUAAGAAGAAGAAAUUCUAUAUUGCAUUAGAGAAAAGGUACGUUUUCACAUUGGCUGAUAUGGAUACUGUAGCACCAUGCUAUGAACAUUUUCUCAGUAUAUUCUUGAAAGCUAGUCGAAGAUCUCCAAUGUGUGCAUGGAGGGUAAAGGAAAUGAAUAUUGAUUUCGAACAAAGGUUUAAAUAUGAACGCUCAAAGCAUCUCGUAAUGUGGGAAAUCCUCACAUAGUUUAAAUAUUUCCAAAUAUUUAAUAGUCAUUUUUGUUGAGAAAUUAACUUAAAUGAUUAAAAUAAAUAUAUAUAUAAAUUUAGUAAAUCCUGAUGGAGAUGUAUUCUUGCCUUAAACUACAUGUUUUGUGGUUUCAUCGAUCGACCUCUAUUGUCAAUAAAAAAUAUUUUAUAAAAUGA